CUUAUUCAAGAGAUAAUGAUUAAAUCUUUAGAACCUUACGAAUGUGUAGUUGUCAUAGCUGAUCCGCUGUAUAAUGAAGUAUUUGCAAAGUCCUGGUACACGAGAUUUGGUACUGAGAUAUCUUUUAUAAUGAUUUACGUGGAAGAAUCAGAGGACUUAUUAUCUCCCUACAGUCACACCCAAGAGUCCCUGCUCACAGCGAAAAAAGUGGGUUGUCAAUUAUACAUCACAUUAGUUGCUAACGGGAUACAAGUAGCAAGGUUAUUGCGCUUUGGAGAUAGAUUCCGAAUACUAAAUUCUUUAGCGAAGUACAUAUUUCUCUACGACGACCGAUUGUUCGAAGAGAAACUGUUUUAUCUGUGGCGGAAAAUAAUCAAUGUCGUUUUCAUCAGAAGAUUUGAAGGCAAAAGUACAGCGAACGGCAAAAAAAGAUCGCCUUGGUUCGAACUGUCAACCGUACCGUUUCCUUCGCAGAUACAUAGAGUGCUAGUACCAAAAAGGCUGGAUAUAUGGACGCAUUCAAAGUUUAGAAAGGAUACAGACCUAUUUCGAGACAAAACUUUAGAUUUGAAUAAUCAGACGGUUAAAGUAGUCGCCUUUCCUCAUUUGCCAGGAACCGCAAAAAUCAGUUCCACUUCUACGGCGCGAGCGUUCUUAAGCCUAAAAGAAAACGCACCUGCUUGUUUUUCUGGAACUGAAAUUGAGAUUAUACAAACCGUUGCGAAGGCAAUGAAUUUCAGAUGCGAAAUUUACGAGCCCGAAAACGCCGACGUCGAACUGUGGGGUCGAAAAAUGGUCGGCGGAAUUUACACUGGAAUAAUAGGGGAGAUGGUCAACGCUCGCGCCGAUAUCGCUCUGGGAGAUUUAUACUACACUCCGUAUUUAUUGGAAUUAAUGGACCUGAGCGUGCCGUAUAAUACUGAGUGUUUGACUUUCCUCACCCCGGAAUCGCUUACGGACAAUUCCUGGAAGACGCUCGUUUUGCCAUUCAAACCCAUAAUGUGGGCCGCCGUUCUGAUCUGCCUGAUGCUCUGCACACUCGCCUUCUACUUCCUUGCCCGCUUCCACGUCCACAUGACGACGAUGACAAAUAAACGCGUAAAAAACAAGAACAGAAUUCACCCCGACCCCGUCGAAGAGCUACGCGGCAAGAAAAAGAAAGUGGUGACCCUGUCGCUGUUUCCGGAGGUGGAAAAACUGGACCCAAACGUAAAAUAUACCCUUAUGAAAGAGCAGUAUCAGCCCCCUCGGGAUAAAGACGAACCUGUGGGUUUAUAUCAGUUCAGCCAACCGGUAAACAGCACCCUAUAUACGUACAGUAUGUUGCUUUUGGUAUCGCUUCCCAAACUGCCCUCGGGGUGGUCUUUAAGGAUGUUGACAGGGUGGUAUUGGCUUUAUUGUUUACUAUUAGUUACGUCCUAUCGGGCCAGCAUGACUGCUAUCCUGGCAAAACCGACGCCGCGAGUAAGAAUAGACACGUUAGAUGAACUGGUAGCCAGCAAAUUAACUUACGGCGGUUGGGGCGAUUUAACAAGAGAAUUUUUUACAUCCUCUGACGACGCCACCCUUAAAAUGAUAUCGGAGAAUUUCGUGAUGGUAAACGAUUCCGAUGAAGCGGUGGACCAAGUGGCGGAUGCCUCGUUUGCAUUCUACGAAAAUACGUACUUCCUUAAAGAGGCAUUAGUGAAGCGCCAGCUGAGGUUCCAGUCGCUCUCUAAAAGAAAUUUCACUUCGAAUCAAACCGAAGAGGCGAAAAAUCUCGCCAAGCAGGACCGUAGUUUGCAUAUAAUGAACGAUUGCAUCAUCAAUAUGCCGAUUUCAAUAGGUUUACAGAAAAAUUCCCCAAUGAAGCCAAGGUUUGACAAAUUUAUAAGGAUGGUUAUGGAGGCUGGUUUAAUUAAAAAGUGGUUGGACGAUGUGAUGCAAAACGUGUUGAACGCUGAAGUCCAAACUGACAACGAACAUGAAAUAAAAGCAAUAAUGAACAUGAAAAAAUUUUCCGGCGGUUUGGUUGCAUUAGGCAUAGGUUAUUUCAUCAGCAUUGUAACUUUAUUAGUAGAAAUUAUUUACUUUAAUAGUGUUGUCAAGAAAAAUCCAAGUUUCAAUAAGUACUCUAAAACUGUGCAAAAUAAUAAAAAAUCCAAAUAAAUGUAGCUAAUACCACAUAUCUACUAAUACUAAGAAGAUAAAUGAA